ACAUCUCUCGGAGACGAUGAACGUUCGUUUGAUUUCCAGCUGAACGAACAUAGUUUACAUUGCACACACUGAGCUGUAAGGUACAAAAACUAGCACAAAAAAUGGACCUUGUGGAUGGAAAAGGCGUGCUAAGUGCUGAGCAGCAAGAGAAACUGCGACAGUUAAAGAUGAAGAUCAGAACCAACAACGAGAAUUAUUUGAGAACACACCCUGAAGUAAAGGAAAUGCUUGAUGAAUUUUUAAGAAAGCUGCUUCUUCAAAAACCGGCUGACGUUUUUCAGUUUGCUGCAGAUCACUUCACCAACCUAAACAAUCCUACCGGAGCUCUCAUGGGAAGACUGAGCGAUUCAGAAUGA